GCCCAGCACUAUAGUAUGGCACAAGGAUUUUAUCCGGACCAUAUGUCAUAGAAUUCACAUGACAAUUUUACCCAGCAGAUCCAUACCAGGCAGCUGCUGCAAAUCAGUCACUGAAAUUCCAAGAAACCCACAAAAAGGUCUGUCUGCAAUCAGUCAUUAUGAGUACUUCAACUGCAUCAAUCUUCCUUCCAACUGCAACAAGCCAGGUUCAUGGGACUAACCAGAGUGGAGCUGUGGAAAAGACAGAGGCAUCGUAUGCUGUCCUCAAGUUCAUGGAGAGCUUCUGCCUCAUCAGCGCUGCCUGUGGGAUGGUGGGAAAUGGCAUGGUCCUAUGGUACCUUGGCUUCCGCAUCCGGAGAAACCACUUCACUGUCUACAUCCUGAACCUGGCCGCUGCCGACUUUGGGUAUCUCCUCUGCAUCGCCAUUGAGACGGUUCAGUACCUGAUGCAGUUCAACGUGGGGGUGCAGUUUGGGAUAUUCCUCUUCCUGGACCUUUUCAUGUAUGGGACCGGCUUGUAUCUCCUGACCGCCAUCAGCAUUGAGAGGUGCCUGUCUGUCCUUUGUCCAAUCUGGUGCCGAAGCCACCGCCCAAAGCACUUGUCCGGCAUCAUCUCUGGCCUGCUCUGGGUUCUCUCCCUGAUGCUGAACACGCUCGGCUAUGUUUUGUGUACCAUUCGCCCCUCUGCCAGUACCUGCCGGCUUCUGCUCAUCACCAUCGGGGCCUUGGACUUCCUCUUCUGCACGCCCCUCAUGCUGCUCUUCAGCCUGACCCUCUUCCUUAGAGUCAAGUGCAGCUCCCAACACUUCCGAACAGGCAGGCUCUUCACCGUCAUCAUGCUCACCGUCCUCUUCUUCCUCAUUUUUGCUGUGCCUCUGAGCGUCCUGAUCCUCUUUGACUUCUUGGGCUACAAAUUCCUCUACUCCCCCGAGAUUGGCUUUGUGCUGUCCUGCGUGAAUAGCACUCUCAACCCUGUCAUUUACUUCCUUGUGGGGAGCUACAGGGAUCGGCGAAUCAAGUUCACCCUCAGGCUGGCAUUCCAGAGGGCUUUUGAAGAUUCAGCAGAUGACAAAGAUGAACGGGAAACCCGUGACACAAUAACUAUGUCCUCCUAAUACCCUGCUGUGCCUACCACAGUAACACUGAUCUGGAGCUGAGGGCGGAUAGUUUACAGAACUGAAGAACUCUGAGGUAUUGGGGAAGGUUUAUCUCACCUAACCUACAGUGUCUUCAGGGUAGAUCUCUACCCUUUAGCUAGUUAGUUUAUGCUCCAUCUGUGGUCAGUGAAAACACGUAAGCAUCUGGACCACAGAAUUUAUCUGACCUGUAUUAAGACCACAAUGAAAGUCCCUGUUUCUUUUCAGUGGCCAUUAAAUGAUUUCAAUUUGAUAAGGUGAAAUGUCUUGAUGUCUGCAUUUCAUCAAAGGAAUUCUACCCAGAGUUUGCAGCUCACUUAAUAAAUCUCUGUCUUUCAGAGCACAGCAAUAUCAAAUUCACAAAUUCUCAGUCACUGUUUACUCAGAUCUCUGAAGAUAUGGGAACCAAUCCUCCUCCUGUUGAAAUCAGCCACAGAAUUCCUGGAAGGAUAGUCUAUCUAUCUAUCUUAAUUUUAAGUACCUGUAUCUCAGCAACAGAUGCAACCUUUUGUGGCUUACAGAUUGCACGAUUCUUUGCCUCCUAAUGUAAGCAUUUCAAAUAGUGAAAUGAUUCAUGCCCUAGAAGUUCCUUUCUUCUAUUAACUAGGGUGGUUUCAAUACCAUAGAGUUGUGACAUAGCGGAAAAGGCCUCCAACCCCUACCAACUUGCCUUACAACUUUACGCACUGAGUUGCACACUUCUUUUUAUUGUAUUUCAAAGAAAUACAGGGCUGGAGUUGCAUAUUAUUUUAGCCUUCUCCAGCCCAGAACAGAGUAUCUGCAUCUAACUACAGCAUGCAUUGGGUUGUUAUUUCUUCCUUUAAGAAGGACAGAUAAGAACCCGUGGCUUCUAACAUCUCCUCUACCAAGAGAAAUAAAGUCAAGGACAGGGAAAAAACCAGAAAACAGAAGAAAGGUAAAGAAAUACCACAAUUUGCAACAAAUCCCUUGAGAUGCAAGGUGUGAUUAUUUGAAGUGUUGUACUACCAGACUAUAUAACAUUCGCUCUUUUAACCUAAAUUGAUAGAAAAAGGAAAGAAAGGUAAUUUUCUUCGAGAACCCUUACAGAUUUCCUUGUCAUGCCUUCAUCUGCAAAUAUUUUCCUAAACGCAAGCUGCGUUCUUCUAUUGUCUGUUAUCUUUUUUCUGUUCAUUUGUCUUUUUCUUAAUUUUGAAAAGCACCACUUAAAAAAAUAGUGGUUCACCCUAAUGUCUGUAGUUGCUUUUUGCUUCCUGUUUACAGUUCCUGAAAGCUGAAAUUUGAGUUCCAUUCUGACUAUUCUUUAAUUUUUAAUGCUAUUGUUCUGCAAUGUGCAUAUAGAUGGUUCAGAUUAGGUCUAUGUCAUCAAUUAUAUUUAGUAAGGGGUUUUUUUUCCUUCUAACUUGUAGUGCUGAGGGGAAGAGAGCAUCCAUUUAUCAGAAAACAUGUUUAAAAUGUUUUCCUUUUAAUAUCUGUAAUGAUUUUAUCAUUGGGAGAACCAAAACAUUUCCAUUAUUAUUAAAAAUGUCAAAAGCCUUUUUUUUAAAGGAAAACAAAUUGUAUUUAUAAACAUUAUUGUGCUCAGAAGAAGCCAUCAACCGAUAAAAACAU